ACUUUUUUCUCUUUUCAGGCCAGUAUGGAAAUCCUCUAAAUAAAUACAUUAGACAUUAUGAAGGAUUAUCUUACGAUGUGGAUUUGUUACACCAAAAACACCAGCGUGCCAAAAGAGCAGUAUCGCAUGAAGAUCAGUUCUUGCGCCUCGACUUUCAUGCUCAUGGAAGACAAUUCAACCUUCGAAUGAAGAGAGAUACAUCUCUUUUUAGUGAGGAUUUUAAAGUAGAAACAUCAAACCAAGUAAUUGAUUAUGAUACCUCCCAUAUUUACACUGGACACAUUUAUGGUGAGCAGGGAAGUUUUAGCCAUGGGUCUGUUAUUGAUGGAAGAUUUGAAGGAUUCAUCCAAACUCACAGUGGGACCUUUUAUAUUGAGCCAGCAGAGAGAUAUAUUAAGGACAGAACUCUACCAUUCCACUCUGUCAUUUAUCAUGAAGAUGAUAUCAAAUAUCCUCAUAAAUAUGGACCACAAGGAGGAUGUGCAGAUCAUUCAGUAUUUGAAAGAAUGCAGAAGUACCAGAUGACUGGUAUAGAAGAACCAACAACAGAGAAGCCUUCUGAACAGCCUGACAGCAAUGGUCCUCAGCUUUUAAGAAAAAAACGUGCCACUCAAGCUGAAAAAAAUACUUGUCAGCUAUAUAUUCAGACCGAUCAUCUGUUCUAUAAGCACUAUGGAACAAGGGAAGCUGUAAUUGCACAGAUAUCCAGCCAUGUUAAAGCAAUUGACACAAUUUACCGCUCAACAGAUUUCUCAGGAAUCCGUAACAUCAGCUUUAUGGUGAAGCGAAUAAGAAUUAACACAACUGUAGAUGAGAAGGACUCUUCAAACCCCUUCAGAUUUCCUAACAUUGGUGUGGAAAAGUUUCUGGAACUGAACUCAGAACAGAAUCAUGAUGAUUAUUGCUUGGCCUAUGUAUUUACAGACCGUGAUUUUGAUGAUGGAGUCCUUGGUCUGGCUUGGGUUGGAGCCCCUUCAGGGAGCUCUGGUGGAAUAUGUGAAAAGAGCAAACUGUAUUCUGAUGGUAAGAAGAAGUCUUUGAACACUGGAAUCAUCACUGUUCAGAACUACGGCUCUCAUGUUCCUCCCAAGGUUUCGCACAUCACUUUUGCUCAUGAGGUUGGACAUAACUUUGGGUCACCUCAUGAUUCUGGAAUGGAGUGCACUCCAGGGGAGUCCAAGAACUUGGGACAGAAAGAAAAUGGGAAUUAUAUCAUGUAUGCAAGAGCAACAUCUGGGGAUAAACUUAAUAACAACAAGUUCUCACUCUGUAGUAUUCGAAAUAUCAGCCAAGUUCUUGAGAAAAAGAGAAAUAACUGCUUUGUUGAGUCUGGUCAACCUAUCUGUGGUAAUGGACUGGUAGAAGAAGGAGAGCAGUGUGACUGUGGGUACAGCGACCAGUGUAAAGAUGAAUGCUGUUAUGACGCAAACCAAUCAGAUGAUAAAAAAUGCAAGUUAAAACCAGGCAAAUUCUGCAGCCCUAGUCAAGGCCCUUGCUGUACUGCGCAGUGUAACUUCAAACUGAAGACUGACAAGUGCCGAAAUGAUUCGGACUGUGCGAGGGAGGGAAUGUGUAAUGGUUUCAGUGCUCUCUGUCCAGCCUCCCAGCCUAAACAAAACUUCACAGAAUGCAACAGGCGUACACAAGUUUGCAUAAAAGGGCAAUGUACUGGCUCUAUCUGUGAGAAGUAUGACCUGGAGGAAUGUACAUGUGCUAGCUCAGAUGGCAAGGACGAUAGAGAAUUGUGUCAUGUCUGCUGCAUGAGAAAAAGUAAGAUUUGUCUGGAUUGUGUAAGCAUGAAUUUACCAGUAGAUAGGAGGAAUUUUGUGACAGUUUUUUUAAUAGUUUUUCUUAACUUGAGAUCAUACUUUUUUUUUUAAUUUCAGGUGGACAUUGUAUUUCGUGC